GCUUUCUGUUCCUCGUACAUAGCACAAGGCGAGCAUGUACCACACUCUUCAUAUACUGACUACCUACUCAUCCCUUGUAUUCUCUCUGCACGAUUCGAGCAGCAUAAGUAUGGCGCUCAAGGGUUAUCAAUAUCUGUGCCGUCUCGCUGGAAGGACGGCACACUCUGUGACCUUCACAACAACAAAUAUCCUGUCACAGACUAACAGGUUCUCAUCAUAGAUGAAAGUUUUUCACGAUCUGUAACAGGUAAGUGAGUUCAACAUUCAAACUGAUGGAUGCGGGGAACACGAUACAUACAUACUUCAAUGGCUUGGGCUAUGCUGAUGUAUGAUUUGCACAUUUUGCAUAUCUUGUGUAUAACUUCACCCCUCUACUCACAGUUGCUUAUCCAGUUUGAUUCUUUUGCCUCAUCUAUGGAUAUGGGUCCGACAACACCUCCGAUUACUAUGCCGUCCGCUACGGCGGUGGAGCCCACGUCGCCCAUACCUAAUGUGGGGGCUUUGGACAACAUUCCUUCCCUGCCUACAGCCGUGAUGUCCUGUUUGUGGCAAGAGGCGAACCCGCUUGCUCUCCUCUCAAUGGCCGAAGCCUACACUCAGAACCCAUCUUCUACGCUCAUAGUAGAACCCAGCACGCCGUUGCUCUCUUCCAGCAGCGGCCCUUCGAGCCAAAUCUAUACCUCACUUGAUCCGCGCCCUACCAUUUCACCUUCUAUUCCGGCAACCCUGUUCUCAACCUACCUCUCCGGUGUAUCGACACAGACUGUCACCUUCAACUCCGUGCAGUCACCGUCACCGUCACAGUCACAGACAAAGACGUCCUCUAGUCAAGGUUCCCACGCGAUAUCGGUUGGCCUGAUAGUUGGACUUAGCCUUCUUGGUGUACUCCUUGCGGUAAUAGUGGUCUACUUCAUCUUGCGUCGCAUACGUCGCUACCGAGCUCAGAAACCUUCAAUAUAUUCGGCUUUACCGGUAGGGAGCGAGGCCACCGUUGCCUCCGCUGUGCGGAGUUUCGAUUCCGGACCUUCUGGUGGUUCUUCGGUAUCUGCGUAUACAAAAGUACCACAUGCGCAGGGUGCGAACACAUUCCAAUCAAUGUACCCGCAGAAUUCCCAAUUAGGUGUACGUCUUUGCCAGACACCGCCAAGUCCUGAGACUGGCCUUGCACUGUGACAUAGAUGCGACAAUGAUGGUGGGAUCUGUGCUCUCGUUUCACCAUGCACUUGUAUUUAACUGAGUGAUUAGCUACCCGUCAAGCGCGGCAUUGUAUAGGUUCCCUUGACGAUGCUAAUUGUUGCUCUGGACUUCUUUUUAUAGUUCUUACCUACGAAACGGUUUCGCUUAAAGGGACUCUUUAACGUUUCAAAAUAAUCACUGAAUCACGAAAUUUGUUGGAGAGGUG